CCCAGCCGCCCCUCAAGCUGACAACAUGAAGCUCGUGCUCCUCCUCUGCCUGGCCGCCGCCGCCUCUGCCGCCCCCCAGUUCGGCUUCUUCCAAAACACUCGCUUCCCAACCCGCCCGCGAACGGCCAUCACCCCGAGGCCGCUCACCUACCGCCCCAUCGCCAUCCUUCGGGACGAGCGCGAGAACUACGGUGAUGGAAACUUCCGCUACGACUUCGAGACCGAGAACGGCAUCAGAAUGAACGCUGUCGGCACCCCGGGUUCCCGCGGCCAGAGCAACAUCCAGGGCUCCUACAGCUACCCCCUCCCUGAAGGCGGCUUCGCUGAGGUCCGCUAUGUUGCCGACGAGAACGGUUUCCGCGCCGAGUCCCCGCUCAUCCCCACGCCCCACCCGCUCCCCGCCCACGCCAUCGAGCAGAUCCGCUUUGCCGAGGAGCAGCGCCGUAGAGGCUUCACCUUCAACAAAUAGAAUGAGCGGCCACCCACUGAGCAACUGUCACCUGUCCGUCACGCCUGAGCACUCGCCACACCUGGAAAUUUCACGUUUUUUUUUUAAUUACUCUUAUUUUUCAUGAUAGUCCAGCGUGAGUGCGGGCAUGAGUGCUUGAGGCUGACACUUCGAGUUACCAUCGCUUGCUUCUGUUACUCAUUUUCUUUAUCUGUGGGAAAGACAUAACAUUUUAAUUACACGGAGGAACAUGAGAUGGAUUCAUUUGUUCAUGCUUGUAUUACGAUAAAGGUAUGUUCGAUA